AUGAAGAGAUUCCAAAGUGAUACCUCAAGGCUUAUUACAUUCUUCACCUAUUUAAACCAAGGCCGCAAAGCUCAAGAAAGGCAGUUAGGCACUAUUGAGGGAACAAAUUACCGACUCACCUUCGAGAAAACACGAAAUAAAAAGACAAAGAAGUUUAAACGUCUCACAUGCAGUAACAGUGACACUUCCAAAGCUUCUAUCCGCCGUACGCAGUUCAAUGCUAAGACUGUAGUAAACCUCAGCAAUCGAAAUUUGUCGUCAGCUGAGAGAUCAGUACUCGUCCUAGGCUUGAACUUUGCUACGGCACCUUCAACUAUACCGAAGAAAGAGAUAGUCGAGCGAGUAGAACCUUCACUAACUGGUUUAGACAAGACUUUAGCAGACAGCAUCCGUAUGCAGAUUUCUCAACUGUUUCGCCAGAACAUCAGACCGAAAUUUAACAUCACCAAGGAUGAACGAAAUGCAAUGAAAAGUCUCCGUGCUGACCCUACUAUCCAUAUUUUACCAGCGGACUAA